AUGGACGGAAAGACGAUCCGGCUACGGGCAUCUUGCAACGCUUGCAACGAGUCCAAGGUCAGAUGCAGCCAGCGGAAGCCGACGUGCGCACGGUGCGAGCGCAACGGGGUCGAGUGCGUCUACGGGCUGUCACGGAGGACGCACAAGGACGCCCCGCCUAUAUCGAUGCCGCCGUCGCAGCGGUCCCGGGGUCCUUUGAGAACAUCCUCCACCAACGGAGACAUGAGCCGCAGCAGCAGCACCCACAAGAGUCACAGCAGCAACAACAGCAUCGGCAACAAUAGUUGGAGUGGGCUCUCAUUCGCCAAGAGCGCAACUGCGACCCCGUCCACAUCCACGCCCAAUGGUGGUGCCUCGCCGGACCGAUCCCUGUCGACCGAGAUGUCCACGCACGAUGCAAACACAGCCUUCUUCGGGGAUUAUCUGUCCCAGCUGCAGCCCUAUACACCACAGACGCCGACAGCAGCCGACCCAACUCACCGUGCCGGGCUCUUGUUGGACUUCAGCAGCCCUGCCAGGGUCGCCGGCAGCGCAAGCAGCGGCCCACAUCAUGUCGACCCCCUCAGCGCGGCCGUGACACAGUUCUCAACGCCAGCGGCCGAGUACGCCAACCCCUGGGCCAUGGGGUCCCUCUUCGGCAGCGGCAGCAGCAGCAACACCCACACCAACACAAACACCAACGCCAGCAGCAGCGACAGCGGGCCCGCGACCACCGACAUGUCGGCAUACCUGGCAACACCACCCUCGCCGCCCCCGCUGGGCGACUACACGUGCAACUGCCACGCGGGCGUGACGGAGCUCCUGACGUCGAUGCGCGGCGGCGGCGGGGACGACCGGCGGCUGCCCGUCGACGCGCAGCUCGCCAGGCUGAGGCGGUGCAUCUCGUCGUCCGAGUCCUCGAUGGCCUGCUGCCACGGCCGCGACGACGGCGAGCCCAUCCACAUCAUGGCCGUCGCCACGCUCAUCGGCUACGUCAUCGACGAGUUCGAGGUGCUCGCCUGCGACCUCGUGGCCCCGGCCCUGCGGAGGAUGUCCCCACCGUCCGCGGGCGACGUGGCGGCGGCGGCCCUGGGGGGUGGCACUGGCGGCGCCGAGCGGGUUGGAGGUGGUGGUAGCCUCUCGUCCGGCUCGGAUGAGUCCAUUUCUAUGGUUGGUGCCGGUGCGCAUAUAUCUCUUGCGAGCCUCAUGGAGCCGCGGUUAUCUUGGGGUAUGCUUGAGCUGGAGGAUGACGAUGAGGUGGAUCUGAGGCAGAGGCUGUACCUCUUGUCUUUCCGCAAGCUGGAGAGGCUGCUGUCGCAGCUGACGAUGUAUCUGCGAAACCUGCACGACGCGCGGACCUGCCUCUCGGACCCAUCACGGCACAUGGCGUUCGUCAUGGCGUGCGAUUACACGCGACUGUGGCUGGAGAAGAAGGCCGAGGACGUCAAGAGACUGCUAUCCGCAUCUGUUGGAGACGAGAUCUUGGAUCCAUCGCUUGGAUAG